CUCUGCAGCGCCGCGCUUAUGUACCGCAGUGCGCAGCUUUCGAACCCAUACAAAAGCCACGUAGCAGAACUUAUCAAUGAUCAUCGAUCCUCAGUCAAACAUGGUGAUCAAGCAUAGUGGUGUAGAUAACCCGCCUUCCUACGACUACGUCGCAGCUCAGGCUAGUUCAAAUGUCGAACAGCAACAGCCACCUUUGAUGACUGACAAGACUGCGAACCAACAAGUGCAGCUGCCUUCAGUGCCUCCCAACUCCGUGACGGCUGUCCACGGUCGUACUAUGCCUAUGAUGCAGCAACCCAUAAUCCACCAUUAUCAGAAUCCCUUGACUGGCGAGCACAUCGCCUCGCUACUUCCCCCAAACCACCCAGAAAUGAUAUGUUUGCAGGAAGGGCAACAUGUUAAUGAAACCAAGUUCGGCAUUCUAGGCAUUUUGGCUGCAAUAGUUUGGUUCCCAUUGGGCAUUGGCCUUUGCCUUCUUGACCGGAGGGUCAAGUGCAAGCGCUGCGGGGUGGUCAUAGACAACGGUAUUUGUGGUUAAUUAGUAUUGCAUGCCCUCAGCCUUUCUGUUCUUUCUAUUCCCGCAACGCACAUGUAUUCUUGCUAUUCGGCGUUUCAUCUCUAUAUCCCGGUUUCCGCAUUGCUCCUAUUGAUGUACGGUUUUAGUGUAUGGAUUAUUAUUUGACGGACGGAUAUAUAUUAGAUGCUAAUUCCAACUUUGCUAAACAAGUAGAUGAUGAGAGUCUAUAUAGUCAACAACUGAUCGUUUGUGCUGCAAUUCUUCUUUUUCGUGAGGAGCUGAAGGACCUGAAGGACAUUGUUAAAGGAUUAUUUGACUAGCUGGACAUUGAUAUUCACCUUCUUUGCCACGUCUUA